GGAAACCACUUCUCUCACUUCACCACCGCCUCGUUCUAGGUCUAGGAUGUCCUGUAGUUCUCUCCUCCAGCCCUGGCCACCCGGGACUACAUUUCCCGGCAGCCCCUGCGCGCCGAGGACAGGAAGCGGAGACUCUGCUUAGUGAGUAGUCACGUGUGGCUUCCGGUGAUCUGUUUUCCUGGACGCAGAGAGGCUGUCCUCCUUCCUCCUUCUUCGGGGUAAUUUCCCCGGGUCUGGAUGGUGUGUUGUUUCAUUCCUGGUCAUUGUUCAGUGAAGAGGCAUCCUGUUUUCCCCGUACGGAACACCGCCUGCUCCGGUGGAUGAAAGCAUGAGCGAUAACGAUGACAUCGAGGUGGAGAGCGACGAAGAAAGCUCAAGAUUUUACUCCUCGGCGGACAAAAGAGCACAUCACAAUGCGCUAGAACGUAAACGCAGGGACCAUAUUAAGGACAGUUUCCACAGUCUAAGAGACUCAGUACCUUCACUCCAAGGGGAAAAGGCCCCACAGCCAGCAUGUGGCAAGCAAUGCCCGAGUCGGAGGUGGACCACAUCUCUCUCAUUCUCUCAGAGCACAGAUGGGAAUGGCCUGGUUGGAAAGGAUGCAGAGGAUGACAAAAAGUAUAAAGCUUCACGGGCACAGAUCCUGGACAAAGCCACAGAGUAUAUACAGUAUAUGAGAAGAAAAAAUCACACACACCAGCAAGAUAUUGAUGACCUAAAGAGACAGAAUGCUCUUUUAGAACAACAAGUUCGUGCUCUUGAGAAAGCAAAAUCAAACUCAAGGCUUCAGUCCAGCUAUUCUUCGUCUGACAGCAGUCUUUACACCAAUCCUAAUGGCAGUGCCAUAUCGGCUUUUGAUGGAGGAUCUGAUUCCAGCUCAGAGUCGGAACCAGAAGAACCUCAAAGCAGAAAGAAACUACGGAUGGAAGCAAGUUGAGCAAAAUAAAGCAAUAAAGAGAACAUCCUAUACCAAGCUAAACUUCUUUUAGCACAUACCCCCCCCCCCCCUCCCCUUGACCCUUAUUUAGGCCGUGCUCAGCUCUUUUAAGGACUUUUUCCCUGUUAUCUUUAGUUUAUUGGACUCUGUUUGAUUUCUUGUUUCUCAAUGUCAUUGUUCCCUCUCCAUGCUGUAUUAAAAUAUUAAGGAAACAUCCAAAGGCUUGCCAGGUAAAGAUUCUCUGCAAGUAAAACGUGGUGCUGUACUGGAGUACAGCCUUUUUGAUGACGAUUUGCAGUCACAUUCGUCUAUAAAAUUAUUUUUAACUGCAUCGUGAUAUUGUGUUUUUUGUUAAACAUUUUUUUUAUCUUACAUGUUACAGAUUUUAAACACUGUUCAUUUGUUAACGACUUUUAUCAUUUAUUCUGAUUAUGCAUAUAUGUAAACGGCUCCCUUUUUUUUUUUUUUUUGGCAAGUGUAACCCAUGAACUUUUUUAUGAAUAUGUUGCAUAGAUCUGAUUUGUUUCUGCAUCAACUUUUUGCCAUGAAUAUCUGUCGGGAGGCACAUCUAUAUAAUCAUGGCCACAAUAUAAUUUUAUUUUUUUUGUACAGUCUUUUGGAAAAUCUAAACUGUUGUGUGAUGUCUUACCUUAUUGACCUUCAUACUAUAUAGUUCUUGGUAAGCCCAAAGGAGAGAUGUUGGUUCAAAAUUGGGGGGGGUGAAUAUAGUUCAGUUUUCUUUUCAGUUAAAAAUGUAAUAUAUAGCAGCUUACCAGUCCGUAUGUAUGGGGGCUGCAUAGAACAUGGGGAAUUGUCCACGUGCGAAAACAUACCUUUUGAUCUUGCUAGAGAUCUUGUAAUUAACAAAGCAAUAUAAAAUUAUUUUGAUUGUCUAUUUAACAGAUUGAGGGACCAAAUAAGAGCUGUUCAUUGUUGGCGUUUACAUACCUUUUAAGAUGGCCAUAUGUGUUGCUAUUUGAUUUCAAUCUUAGCUGCCAGGUUUAGAUUUGCCAAAAUUUUGUGAGAUAAUGACAAAACGCCUAUCUAAUUUGUGUCCAAUCAUGAUGGCCAUUGCAUUACACAGUUGUUGGUAAGAAAAUUUGAAAAUGGUGACGGAGCAAUUAAAAAAUAAAUGAUCGAUGUUCGAUUAACCAAA